AUGGUUCUGGCUGAUGUCAUUGCUCGUUAUAAAAAAAGUCAAGGCUAUCAAGUUUAUUUCCAAACCGGUAGCGACGAGCAUGGAGAGAAAAUUGAAAAAAAAGCUAAUUCGUUAGGAAUUUCUCCUCAGAAAUUAGUCGAUAAAAAUAUUCUCUUGUUUAAGCAACUCUGGAAAGAAUUAGGCAUUUCUGAACACAUUUUUUAUCGCACCUCUUCUCUUGCCCACAAAGAAAAAGUUCAAAAAGUUUUCAUAGAAUUAUUAAACAAGGGUGACAUUUAUUUAGGUGAAUAUCAAGGCAAAUAUUGUGUUGCUUGUGAGGAUUAUGUGAGUGAGGGCAAAACUUCUGGUGAUAACCUUUGUCCGGCUCCUAAUUGCCAGUCUGAAUUACGAAAGAUUAACGAACCGGCUUAUUUUUUGAGAGUUAGCAAAUAUUAUCAUGAAUUAAUAAAACACUAUUCGCAAAAUCCUGAUUUCCUUUUACCCCUUAGCAUCAAAAAAGAAUUAUUUGAAAAUUUUCUAAAAAAUGAUAUUCGCAAUUUAUGGGAAAAAUUUUUCCUUCCUGAACUUUCUGAGAAAAAGAAAAUUGACAACGCAAAAGAAGUUGCUUGCGUAGCUAUUCAAAACAAAAAUAAUGAUUUUCUUUUGAUUUAUAAUAAGAAAUUUAACAACUGGCAAUUCCCAGGUGGCAAAGUAGAACCAGACGAAAGUUUAGAAGAAGCGGCCAAAAGGGAAAUUUUUGAGGAAACUAACUUAGUAAUUAAUAAUUUAGAGAAAUUUGGUUCAAAAGAUUUAAAAACUCCCUUGACCGAAGUGGAUGUUAAUGGUCUUUCUAAUUUAAACGAAAUUGUUUUAGUUGAAAAUCAAAUAAAAUCCUUAAAUGUUGCUGGUUGCUCUAAACUUAAAACGCUUAACCUCCAUGCUAAUUUACUUACCUCUACUGACUUUUUAAAACAAUUGCCUAAUCCAGAUAAAUUAGAACGAUUAAAUCUCUCCCGAAACAAUUUUCAAUCAACCACCCUAGAUGUAUUUAGUCGAUUCAUUAACUUAAAAUUUUUGGAACUUGGAACGAAAAAAGAAAAAAUCGAAGAAGGUGUUUAUAAUCGUUUUUAUGGCUCUUUAAAACCCUUAAAAAAUCUAACCAAAUUAACUUUUAUUCUUUGUAUUGCGGGAACUGAUGUUGAUAGUGGCUUGGAAUAUUUAUCUGGUUUUGAUGAAAAACGCAACCAUGGAUUAAUGUUGCUUGAUUGUCAGCCACUUGUUCCCAAAGCCAAAGAAGAACUUCAUGAAAAAAGGGCGAUCGGUGAGGUCGGAGACAAAAUUGUUCGGCUAGAAAGCAAAUUAAAACUUUUACAAGAAGCCUAUCAGAAAUUCCAGCAAGGAAAGUGGGAGGACUUACCCGAUGAACCACUUCCAAACGGCCAAAAUAGGGAAAAUCCUCCUCCAAAUGAUCCGUCAAAACCAAAGCCAGAAAAUAAUCCUGCUGGGAAAAAGGAAAGCAAUAAGGGUUUGGGUAAGACAACCGUUGCAGCUAUAGCAAUUAGUGUAAUUGUGGAAAUGGGAAUUAUUGGAUAU